UGAUGGUGAGUAUGACUCUUUCAAGGCAUGGGUGGAGGAAAUUGAUGGUAUUGAACCUACCGUACUUCACCUAGAUAUUCCAUCAUCUUACCCGACAAAUAGGACAUUCUUCCGAGAGCUAAUGGAUGAAAAUGAAUGGCUAAGUAGCGAGCAUUUGGAUGCUCUAGUUCUUCUGUUCCGCAAAUCCAUAGAGACUGCGGCCUAUGAACUCAUGAGCCCUUUGUUUGCGUACCAAAUUUUACAGAAGGAUGCAGCAGAUGACAAACAAUGGAAGGGGGACCGAUUACUGAAGAAAAUGGAUUGGAGUCGAUAUGAAAAGGUUGGUUUGAAUAAUACAUAUGAAAAAGUUAGUUUGAUUAAUAACUACUUUAUUUACUUUAAUGCAGGUGUUCAUGCCUGUGCACACUGAUGGAAAACAUUGGGUGCUGUCUGAAAUUGACCUACUCAAUAACGUCGUACGGGUAUACGAUUCUUUGAAGACGAGUAGGUCGGUUGCAUCUGUGAGGCUUUUGUGUAUCCAACUUCCACUCCUGUUUCGGGUCAUCAAAUGCAACCCUGUCGUUACCUCCAUAGCCCAUUCACAUCCUUGGAGAGCGGAGGCAGUGGAUGAUGUUCCAC